AAAAUUCGCGAAAAAGUUAUAAAAAGAAGGUCAUAUUAUAUUUGCACAACCGAAUCAACUUUGUUAGCUAAUUGUUCAAAAUAACCCCCAUAAAACUUACGUUUGCGCAGUUGGCUGUACCGAUGCAACAUAUGGAAAUCUAUUGGUAUCAGCCAACUGGGUAUCACUGACAAAUCCCCAUCCAAGAACCAGCUUCUUGUAAAUAGCCGAUAAAGUUCCCAUGAUUGCCAGAGCAUCGCCACAUGAUGGUCCCACUACAACAUCUACAUUCAUUUCCUUCAUAAACUUCAUUCCAGCUUUCGCGACGCUUGCUCUAUCGCAUUCGGUAUAUUCCAUGUAAUAUCUGAAAUAAUUCAUUAACUUUUGAAUUUAUUGAGAUAAGACGUACUCAACAUCAAAAUCUGUCAAAAAUCCUUUGGAUUUCAAGUAUUGUACUGCAAUUGGAAGAGUUCCACCACAAGAUGCCCAUCCUAUAGAUCCAGAUUGAGUGUCUUGUGCGGCUGCAAUUCCAACUCGAAGCUAAAGAUAUAAAUUUUUAUGUAUUUCAAAUGUUCAACAUGAUUUUAAAAUUAAAAAAUAAUUACCGUCCGCCUUGACGAUGGUAUCACUUGACAUUCGGAUGCUCCAAGAACCCAGAGCAAAACCAUGGAAAAAUAUAGAAGCCGCAUUUUUCAUCAGAAUAAGUAAUUUUUCGAAAACAAUAAAUAGUAAAUUGAAAUUCUACUACUUCUGGGGGUUGGUCUUAAUAGAUUUCCAAACUUUUCUUAAACGAGAUUAUCUUCCCAAUUUUGCACCUUUUUCUUUGAAACCAUACGCAUUUGGGGGCUUCUUGCUUAAUGUUUGAAGUUUUAAUCUUGUUGGUAUCUGCAUCAAACUUCUCUAUUCAAAAAUAACAUUUUAAUCCGGAUAUCAAAAUUUGGUGGUCUUAUUUAUAGUUGUUAUUAUACUUGAAUUUGCUUAAUAAUGAAAAGCUUGGAUUCACGGAAGUUGGUGAAAUUGCAAAAAUGUUUGAAAACUUCCGUUUAAAAGUUACCUUUUUGUAAAUAAAAUAUUUUCAACUCUUAUGACUUUCCAUAAAAUACAACUACGACAAAAAGUGAUACGAUUGCUAAAUAGCGGACCUUGGUCGAUGUCAACUGAACAUACCUGAAUGCAUAAUGCAACUUCCCAAAACGUUUUCCAAAUGUUCAAAAAUUAAACUAUAAUGACUAUUUUUGUAUAGGAAAUGAUCAUUUUGCAUUAGUCGAUUCCUGUGAAAUCUCUAGUUUUUUAGUAGGUGAUUACUUUCUCUAAAACUGCACGGGGAGAGCCUACACUUCUCUAAUAAUCUUCUCUAAUAAUAGCACCUCCUUAACCGAUUGCGUCACUGUACAUUCCAAAAUGCACGUAGUAUUUUUGCACCGAAUCCGUACUCACGACGUCAGCAAAGACACAUUAUGAUGUGAAAACAUAUUUGAAAUAGGAGAAAUUAUUUGAAACAGUUAAAGUUUGUCUAUAUUGAAAGGUUUCUUUUGUGUUCUAGCGCACAAAAUUUCAUAACCUAGAAACCAGUGCAAACAUUUUUAGUUUGGCUUCAUUUUAUUUUAUUUCGAUCUGGAAACUUUGCAGGGAUGAGAUUGUAACUCGAAAUAUGAAAAAAAAAAAACAAAUGAGCGUUGGAAAGCUGCAAUACAAUAAAUGCUAAUUUUAAUUACCAAAUAAUUACUUGACGUGAGGUUUCGAAAUGAAAUUCAAAUCGAAAACAAAAUUUAUUUCUCAAAAUGGACUUCACAGGACCUCCGUAUGGCAAAUGGAAUGAACAAGUAAUUUUUAAAAAAUUCUAAUAAUUCAUAGUUUUUUAAUUUUCAGCUCGGUGCCAACGCAACUAAUCAAACUGAUCAAAAAGCCAAGAUUUUGGUGGAUAGUAUGUUAAAUGGAAAAUCUGGUAUUCUGCUGACUGAAAGUAUUUUGAAACUGAAAGAAAAUUAAUUGUAGAUAACCAGCAAGCCAGAAACAUCGCAUCUCCAACACACACCAAUUGCUCGAAUUUUCGUUAAAAUUUAAACUAGUCGAUAAUUAUUUGAAUAAAUCUUUAAAUUUCAUUGAAUUUUUAUGAAUUCGGAUGAAAGAUUAUGAAACAUUUUAAGAUUGUAUUUGAUUAUUUCAGACAAUUUUCAAUUAUUUAAAACACAAAAAAUACUGACAGUUUGUGAAAUUCCAUUUUGCAUUUUGUUAGCACUUUUUGGAAUUGUUUGCAUAUUCAAAAUUCUAUCUGGAAAACUUUAAAUUUCAGCUCGAUUUUUGAUUUCUAGUGUUCCUGUGCUUAACAUCACAGCACACACAAAACACAGCGAAACACGAGCAAAUAGGUGCUCAAAAUUCAAAAAUUUACUCCCUACAAGGCAACGUGGCACUUCACUCGUUAGCUAUUCACACCUGUACACACACAUAUAAGUUUCCAUUGCCAUUCCGGUCACUGACGUUUUUUAAAAGUGUCAAUUUCCUGCAAUUCGUUUCCGAAUUUCGCGAGACCAACUUCCGCGCGGAAGCCUUGGAACGCGAAAUUGGAGCAUGUUUAUUUGUGCACCUGAGAGACCCAUCAGAGUCCACCAGAGGUGGAGCCAACUGUGAAAAUGAAAAAUCCGGAAAACUGGGUGUGAAGUGUCUAUGUAUGUAUUUCAUGUAUAAAAUGAAAACAUGUGAAGAGUUAACGAGCCUUUCGUGAGUGACACAUUCAAGUUUAAUUGAAAUUUUUCGGAAAACGAUGCGGUGCUCAAUUAUGUGGACUUUUGUGCUUUUGGCUAUACCAAUGGUUACAUCAGAGCUAUUUGCCCUCACACCGGUUAGCAGAGUUCGCCGACAAUGCUGUGGGAGAUCGAGUUCAUCGUGUUGCUCAUCCUCAUCUUCUAAUUCCUAUUGCAUACCGGUGUGUAUGGCACAGUGCCAGUCGUCGUGCACAACACCAAUAUGUCAGCAACAAUGUAGCAACCAAUGUAAUCAACAAUGCACUUCAAUAACCAUCUCAUCGGGUCCUUCCUGCUCCUCAUGUCAAUCCGCUUGCUCAUCGGCUUGCACUACGCCCACUUGCAUACGUACUUGCCAAAGAAAUUCGUGUUCAAAUCUUUGCAACACCGGUUCAAACUCUUGCACAAAUCGCUGCAACUCUCAAUGUCUUCAAAUCUGUACUACUCCAUCUUGUACUAAUACUUGCUCCAACUCGUGUUCGAACGCUUGCUCAAAUGGUGGAAAUCAACCAAUCGUCAUUGUGAUUCCAUCAAGUAGUAGAAACUGUCAGAAUUCGUGUCAAAAUCAAUGCUCAUCGGCAUGUACUACAAUGACUUGCCGUCAAACAUGCCAAAACACUUGUCUAGGAUCAUGUAAUUCAUGCUCCGGUGGUGGUUGCAAUAGCAAUAACUCUAAUCUCGUAGUGGUGACUCCCUGCGAGCGCUCAUGUAACAGUGGCUGCCGUUCCACGUGUUCUUCAACAUCCACCCUUAGUGUCUGCAUUCCAGCAUGUCAACAAACUUGCCGGUCAACUUGUAGUACUGCCAAAACUUUUGUGAUUCCAUGCACUUCUGGUACAUCUGGAAACUCGUGUUCAUGUUCUACUGGUUACUCGAUUUGCGGCUCACAGUGUUGCAGAUCUUAAUUGAGCUUAAAUAUAUUUAAUUAUUAAUGUUUUUUCCCUGAACAUAAAUACUUAUGAAAUUAGACCUUAAUUCUUAAAAAUGUUUUAUGGUAAGAAACUAUAAAAAUUUACAAGUAAAA